CCGCUGGACAACAACAAUGCGCAAUGUUUUGUUCCGCACACCCAGGCUUUUUGAAAUAUGCCUUGGUGUAAACAGGGAGCUGCAGACAAGCUUGUCCGAGAGUUUUUGCGCACUGGAUCCGCUGCAAGGAACAAGAUGAUAAAAAACUGGGGUAUGAUUGGUGGGAUAGCUGCUGCCAUGGCAGCUGGAGUAUACGUAUUAUGGGGUCCAAUUUCGGAUAGGAAGAAAAAGAGAAAAGGUAUGGUUCCUGGUCUGCUUAAUCUGGGGAACACAUGCUUUAUGAACUCACUUCUUCAGGGCCUGGCAGCUUGUCCUUCCUUCAUCAGAUGGCUUGAAGAUUUUACGAAUGAAAGCAGUGUACAGCCAGAUAAAACUGAAAGAGACACUCAGCUCUCCAGAUCUCUAAUGCAGUUACUUAAAGCCCUGUCGAGCCAUGAUCAAGGGGAAGAUGAUGUUUUAGAUGCAAGUUGCCUUUUAGAAGCUCUCAGACUUUACAGAUGGCACAUCAGCUCAUUUGAAGAACAGGAUGCUCAUGAGCUCUUCCACGUCCUCACAUCCUCAUUAGAAGAGGAGCGGGAACACCAACCCAGAGUUGCUCACCUGUUUGAUAUGCAAACGUUGGAGACCUCUUCAUGCUUUCAGAAAUCUGUCGAGUCCAAAGAAAAAAACAUAAGCUGCAGAAGUGGAGGCCCAAUGCAUCCUAUUCCAAGUUUAUGGAGGACUCGGCACCCUUUUCAUGGCCGAUUAACAAGUUAUAUGGCUUGCAAGCGGUGUGAGCAGCAGAGUCCUGUGCAUUAUGAUUCUUUCGACAGCUUGUCUCUUUCUAUUCCUUCGAGUCAGUGGGGCCGACCAGUUACGUUGGAUCAGUGUCUUCAGCAUUUCAUCUCUUCUGAAACUAUUAAAGAGGUGGAGUGUGAAAAUUGUACCAAGCAGGCUGGAGAAGUUAUGAACCGUCAAGUUUUUGAGAGUCAGAGGACAGCGUUUGUUAAGCAGUUAAAACUUGGGAAGUUGCCGCAGUGCCUCUGCAUUCAUCUGCAAAGGCUGACCUGGUCUAAAGAAGGCACACCCAUGAAGAAACAAGAACAUGUCCAAUUCACAGAAUAUGUGUCUAUGGAUCGAUACAAGUACUGUACUGCAGGCCAGAAGCAGCAGAGGAACAACAGAACAAAUAAAAUUCCUGCUAAAGCUGUUGGGGACUCAAAAGACAAAACUGCUGCCAAUGGUGUUGAUCCUGAACACUUAAACAACAACAAGUCAAUGUCCAAUGGAACCUUUAAUUUCUUUCUACACUCACCAGGACUGAAGUCACAGCUCAACCUCACUUUAGAAUACAGUGCUUCGGAGUAUCUUUUCCGGUUAACAGCAGUUCUGGUUCACCACGGUGAUAUGCGCUCUGGACAUUUUAUCACUUACCGCCGCUGCCCUGCCUCCCCCCGUGGAACUUCUCCAUUUAACUCCCAGUGGCUCUGGGUUUCGGAUGAUUCUGUGAGGAAAGCGACUCUGCAGGAGGUGCUUUCCUCCAGCGCAUAUCUUCUGUUUUACGAACGAGUGCAAAGGCCUGGCCUGAAGGUGGAGUAGCAUGUCUUUUGAGUUAGUUCCAAGUUGUCCUGCAAUAUCCUCGUAUGCCUACUCCUCUCCAUUCCAGGACAUACUACUCCGGCCAAGUCCAAUCAUGCGUCCGUGCAGUGCAUGUGGUUUGGUGUGCAUUUCUGGACAUGUUGUUUCUGAUCUCUCUAAGGGAAGAAAGAGAGAGGAGGAGGAGGGUUUGGGAUUUUAAGGUUGGAUUUUCAUGGCACCUUUGUCCUGCUCAGUGUCUAUGGAGUUUGUUUCCGUUAGAAAACUGCCCUUGCUUCGUGUAGCAGGUGUAUUGUACAACAUCGUAGUCUGAGCAUAGGAAUAAUGCCGCACAGGAUUUCUGGCUACCACUGGUGUGGGAAUCCUGUGUUUUUGUCAGCAAAAAGUAGCAAAUUGUCUCAGGUUUGUUGCUUUGCAUGUUGUUCAUUUUGUAUCAUUUUACAUUAUUAUGUCAUGGAAUGACUCAUUGUUAUUCAUUUAUUUACAGAUUUCCCUCAGCAGUCUUGACAUGUAAGAGUUUUCUAAACUUGUAAAAUCCACUAACUGUUUUUGUUACACAUUCAUAAACUAGGAGAACACACAAUAUUAUUGGAUGUUUCCUUUUCAAAUGUCGUGUCUGUUUAUUCCUCAUGAAUCAAGUUAUGGUUGUGUUUGACCUAUCCCAUGUGGUUUAACUUCAGUGAAUAUGUGAACAGAAACCUUGCAGGAAUGUGAUAAAACUGUUACUUUAAGCCGUCUGGUCAUAAACAAUCAUCUUGCAUUAAUCUGAAGAUUAUCUGAUAGGUUUCUGCUGACACUUUAAUUUUAUUCCAUAAAAUAUAGGUUAACACUACAUGACGCUUUUUAAACAACAGUAUAUUUUUAAGAAAGUUAUGUGUAAGAUAGUAUGAAUGUUUUUCAUGUGUAAAUCAAAUUAAAUAAAAUCUGCAACAAUGUUA